AUGGACCCAUCAAUCAAGCCCUUCAAAAUAUCGGUCCCAGACUCAGCCAUAGACACCCUAAAAGCCAAACUGGCAAGCACAACAUUCCCGGAUGAAGUUCCGCUCGCCGAUAGCUGGGAUUAUGGCACCCCUCUCACAGACAUGAAGCGGCUUGUAAAAUUUUGGAGCGAUGGGUUUGACUGGCGAGCCCAGGAGAAGAGGCUAAAUGAACUGCCGCAAUUUACGACCAAGAUUGAUGUCGAUGGGUUCGAGCAGUUGGACAUUCAUUUUGUGCAUCGAAGAAGCAAGCGAGAGGGAAGGCCUGGGAGUUUCAUUGAGGUCACCAAAAUUAUUUCCUUGCUCACUGAUGGGAAACCGGACGGUCCAUCUUUCCAUGUUGUUGCGCCUUCGCUUCCUAAUUUUGGCUUCUCUCAAGCUCCUUCAAAGCCCGGCUUCGGUCUCGCACAGUAUGCCGAAGUUAAUCAUAAACUCAUGCUAAAACUAGGAUAUGAUAAAUAUGCAACCCAGGGUGGCGAUUGGGGCUGGUCAAUCAACCGAAUGAUGGGGGUCAGAUAUCCAUCACAUGUUGUUGCCUCACACUUCAACUACGUCCCCGCAGAUCGAGCCCGUCUAACGAAAUGCCUCGACUCUCUAAGUAGCCCUUUAACGGAGCAAGAGAAAGAAGGAGUAGUUCGAAGCGAAUGGUUCUACGACAAGGGCUUCGGAUAUAACUACCUCCAGAGCACUCGUCCCUCGACCCUUGGAUUCGCGCUGAGAGACUCUCCCACCGCACUCCUGUCCUGGAUCUACGAGAAACUCCAUGACUGGACGGAUUGUUAUCCCUGGACCGACGACGAGAUACUCACUUGGAUUUCUAUUUACCAAUUCUCUCGCGCGGGGCCAGAAGCUAGCCUGAGAAUUUAUUACGAGGCAGUUCACAUGAAGCCGGAGGAGAGGAGUAAGGUGUAUGAGUAUAAUAAAGACGUGAAGUUGGGACUGAGUUAUUUCCCCAGGGAUGUAAUUGUAGCGCCUUCUGCGUAUGGGCGCACAAUGGGCCCUGUGGUUUACGAGAUCCGGCAUCCGGAUGGAGGGCAUUUUGCUGCAUAUGAGAGACCGGAGCUUUUAGUUGGUGAUUUGAGGAAGAUGUUUGGUGAGGAGGGGCGAGUGAUGUGGUGA